AUGAGUUCCAAGGGCAAAGGCAAAGCGGACGAUGCCACCGCUUCAGACCAGCAGCUCGACCUGCUCCCCUGGGUGGAAAAGUAUCGUCCCGCUACACUCGACGACCUCGUAUCACACAAAGACAUCACCUCUACCAUCCAAAACUUUAUCGACAAGAAUCGUCUACCACAUCUGCUCUUCUACGGACCACCAGGUACAGGUAAAACGUCCACCAUCCUCGCCAUGGCACGCAAAAUCUUCGGUCCACAGUUCCGCAACAGCGUGCUCGAACUCAACGCGUCCGACGAUCGAGGUAUCGAAGUGGUGCGGGAGCAGAUCAAGAGUUUCGCCAGCACCAAGAGCGUGUUCAGCUCCAAAGGUGGGUUCAAGCUCAUCGUUCUCGACGAGGCGGAUGCCAUGACCCAAGCCGCCCAAGGUGCGCUUCGACGUGUCAUCGAGCAGUACACCAAAAACGUGCGGUUCUGCAUCAUCUGCAAUUACGUCAACAAGAUCAUCCCCGCCAUCCAAUCUCGCUGCACACGUUUUCGCUUCAACCCGCUCGAACUCGACCAGGUGGAAGACCGUCUCAACCAUGUCAUCGAAAACGAAGGCUGCAGCAUCACUCAAGAUGGCAAGGAGGCGCUGUUGAAGCUUUCGCGCGGAGACAUGAGGAGAGCACUCAACGUUCUGCAGGCCUGCCACGCUGCCACCGAUCACAUCGACGAAACCGCCGUCUACAACUGCACCGGAAACCCACAUCCGCAGGACAUCGAGGCCGUGCUCAAAUCAAUGAUGGAGGACGAAUUCACAACGGCCUACCGAACCGUAUCGGAACUCAAGACGUCCAAAGGAAUCGCACUGGCAGAUAUGAUCAGCGGAGUGUACGACCUACUGGCGACCAUCAAGUUGCCCGCCAAAUCGAGGAUCUACCUCUUGGACCACCUCGCAGACACCGAACAUCGAUUGAGUACAGGCGGCUCGGAAAAGAUCCAACUCACAGCGCUGUUGGGCGCCGUAAAGGUGGCUGUUGAGCUCUCGCAGGCGUAG